GCUCGGCAGAGGCGCCCCGCCGCGGACGACUUCACGCAGUACUUUGACAGCUGAAACCGUCAACAAAACGGGAAUAUUAUUGUGUUGUCUGGGCGCGUUCAGCUAACCAUUGACGCUUACAACGAAACGCGGACAACACGUGGCCGAGUAAUAUUAGCGCGACAGCGGCAUGCUACACCGCACGCUCAGUCGCGCACCGCAUCACUCCGUGUCCCCAUGCGUGCUCCGCUGUCACAGAGCAUAAAUGUUAGUGCCCAAAGUUCGCGACAACACCGACAAUGACCAACAGCCGCAAGUGGAGGGAAUAUGUGACGGCUCUCAGCGCUACUUUGAUCACGGCGGCGGCUGGCACCACAGUGGGCUGGACUUCACCCACGCUGCCUAUUCUGCUAGCCCCAGACUCGCCCAUAGAGACCUCAGCAGAUCAGAGCUCAUGGAUCGCCUCACUUAUGAUAUUAUGUUCCGCCGCAAGUCCCAUUCCUGCAUCAUACCUGGCAGACAGGAUCGGCACAAAGAAGACGUUACUCCUCGCUUCAGUGCCCUACAUCAUUGGUUGGAUACUAGUGAUGUUCGCAGGGAACGUACCCACGAUAUACGCGUCUCGUCUGAUCUCAGGUCUCGGCUACGGUAUUGCUUACACCACCGCGCCCAUGUACCUCGGAGAAAUCGCGUCCGAUGACGUCAGAGGCGCCAUGGCAACACUCAUCACUGUCAUGUCGAAGUUUGGUAUCCUGUCUCAGUAUUGCAUCGGGCCGUACGUGUCCAUGCUUGGCCUAGCGAGCUUUAACAUCGCCAUACCGAUCCUCUUCGUGGUGACGUUCAGCACCAUGCCAGAGUCGCCAUACUACUACAUCAAACACGGACAGAAGCAAGAAGCUGAAUCCUCACUCAAAAAACUAAGAGGCAGAAGCUACGUUAGAGAGGAAUUAGAAAGUAUGAGCAAUUUGGUCACAGAAAACAUGAAGGAAAAAGGCCGGUGGAAAGACUUGUUCACUGUGGGAGGGAACAGAAAGGGCCUCAUCAUUCUGAUGGGCAUAUAUUUUACCCAACAGUUCUGUGGCAGCACGGCCAUCAUAUCGUAUGCUCAGCAGAUAUUUGGUGCAGCUGAGGGAGGUUUGGGAGCCGAAGAAUCUUGCAUACUAUUCGGCACAGUGCAGCUCCUUACAUCGGCGAUGUCCUCACAACUAGUGGACAGGUUGGGAAGAAAACCCCUACUACUUAUAUCAUCAUGUGGCGUCGGACUAGCCAACGUCAUUAUCGGGGCGUACUUCUUCAUGAAACACCAAAACAGCGAGUACAUCGUCAGUGUGAAAUUCAUUCCUAUCGUUGUGAUACCAAUAUUUAUAUUCUCAUAUACUAUAGGUUUAGCUACAGUGCCUUUCGCAAUAACUUCGGAAAUAUUCCCCACAAACAUUAAAUCAAAAGCGACUUGUGUGAUCCAAAUAUUUGUGGCGCUAAUGACGUUCGCAGUGACGAAGUUGUAUCAAGUGGUGGCGGAUAAUUUAGGUAACUACGUCGCUUUCUGGGGAUUCGGUGUGUUGUCGGUGUUCGGUGUUAUAUUUAUAUUAUUGCAACUGCCUGAAACUAAAGGACAGUCCUUCGCAGCGAUACAAGAGAAAUUGUAUUCGCCCAAAAAAGUAGUGUACGAGAAGGGUGAGGACCAUAUGGCUAGCGUUAAGAUCACUUUGUGAUGAAGUACAUUAUUUUUAAUUUAAAGUAUACGUAUUUUAUAAGUUUAUUUAAAACUGUACACUUUAUUUAAGCCGUUUGUUAUGCGUAGUACUUUAACAUUAUGCAGUACUUAAUUCUCCGUCCGCGCUACGUGGCGACAUUCCGCAGAGAACCCAAUUUGUGGAGUCUGUCUUCUUUGUUUGUUAUAUUGUGGUUGUUUACUGUUACAGCGAGACCUAUAAAGACCAAAGAAUUGACUAUUAAGUGCUGCGACACGAAUUUGGGUUCCUUGUUCUCUUUCUCUAUAAGGUUUCGAAUUUAAUUUUUACCAUAGAAAAAUAGCCAAUUUAUGUAUUUUAAGAUACUUAUUUAUAAAUAUAUAGAAGAAUGGACUUCCGUUUCCAUCUAAUGCCAAGUUUUGUACGUAUAUAAAAGACUAGAUCUACUAUUUUACACGAAAACAUAGUUUUUGUAAUUAAGUUUGAUAAGAGUAUUAUAUGUGCCAACAAAAUGCGGGCACUUACUUAAUUGUUCACAUUACCUAAUGUGAGAGAAAAUAAUGAUGUGCAACUACGGACUUGCAAACGGAAUAAGUGCCUCCAAAAAUUGCAACAUGAUACUUAAGUAUUUUUAUAAUAUAUGCAUGUUAUUAUUUAUUUACCAUAGUAUAAGCUCGUUCAAAAGUGCCUUUAUAUUAUAACUAACAUCUAAAUAGCAAAACAACAAGUACAAACAUAAUAUAAGUUACUGUAAUGUAAGUUCUUGUAAACUCUCGCCAAGUUUAUAAGGACGCCUAGUAUUCACAGAGAUUCUGAGAAAGGAAUUAUACUUUUGAAUAAAACAAAACAGCGUCGAAUGUUAAAAUAAUAUCGAAUCUCUUUACAUUGCUCUUUGUAUGAAUCCGAGAAUCGUAUGAAUGGAAAUGUUAGAACUCACACUGCGUCCAACUACAGACAUGCAGUAACACUAUUGUAUUCCAGACUCAUUGUUUAUUAAGCUCGUAUACAGAAAAAUAACAAAUUUUUGUGAUUAUAUAAUUUAGUUCCUAAUUCAAAAACUUAACAGUGUCAAUAGUGAUGCUCUCUGAGUUCCAAGCGUUACAGAUUAUAAAUGAGUUUCAGCACAACACUAGUUAAGCUUUAUUCGUGCCCUCCAAAUUGCCAGUCUGUUUACUAAAACAGGGGUGGCUAUUAUUUUUCCCUGUUUAGAAGUGGGAGUCAGGCCGGUACACAAGCGGUCAGCACAACUGCACUUCAUUAAGGCCUCGCUACAUUUUUGCAGGCAACUUGCUCUAACUCCACUCUAAAACUUGUUUACAGUUAAGAGCACUAUAUUUCGGACGGCUCUAAGCCGAUAUUGUAUCGGAUUAUAUUGCUAUACUGAAAUCUUUGAGCAAGGUACCGCUUUGGUGCGGUUUUGCUCCGAAUAAAAUAUAGGUACUAAAUAUAGUGAUGUUGUGAACACGUGGAUGAGAUUAUGAAUAAAGUGCCUUAUGAAAGCCUAACAUAUGCUGACGAUUAUGCAAGCAACCUUCUAAAACGAAAAUUUUGUUUCUUUAUCAUUAGGAAUACCUAGAACCUAUUUAUUUAAAAGGAAACUAUUUGAUUUUAUAGGUAUAAAUAACACAUUACAAUAACAAUUACUUAGAUACGAUUUUUACUAGCAGUUUUUUGUCACAAUCCUUGUUUUUUCGUUUUAUGAAGAAUAUUGUGGACCACUAAUUAUCAUAAUAUAAGAGAGAAUAUAAGUAAUUAUAAAUUAAAAUGCAUUUUAUUAACUAAUAGAGUCUUUUAUAAUUAACCAACUUACCUCAAGCUGCGACGUUAGCAAAGCUUGAAUAAUGAGUUUCUUUUCGGCACUACACUUAAGUACCAAAGCGGUACUACGGAAUAAAAUAUUAUAUAAUGGAGUUUACAAAUACCUAUUGUUUUUAUGAUCAAAUUUUCGUAUGUUUUAUGGCGCUUACCAAUUAAUAUUAGGUAAUAUUCAAGUGUGUCCAAACAUUUUUAUCAUUUGCUAAACUGCAUAGGUAGAUGCGCUCUUAGUGUAUACGGUGUAUAGCUAGUAUGAAAUAUAUUUCCGAGUGAUACCAGCCCAUUUAAAUGGACCUCACCUAAAUAUUACCUUAUAUUUUAUAACACAUGUAAUAUUAUUUUAUUGUGAUGUUACAAACAUUCCCAUUGUCUCACGGAUCCUCGUGCCAUUUAUACAAUAUGAAUAAAUAUAAUAAUUUAUUUUGUGAAGGUGAAAUGCAAUGUUCUGUAAGCAUCUCUAAUUGAUAAAUUGUAAACAUUUGUGAUUAAAAAUAAUUGUGAUAACA